AUGUCGGUGCCCAAUGGCGGAGCGCCCACACCACGUCGGCAGACCAGAACAGCAUCAUCCCGACAGCAGACACCACUUCCCGCACUACAGACCAAGCAAUCACACGCAUAUGGCGCACCAGGCAAGACACACCUGAACUCGCAAAUGACCACAGACACGGCAGAAAUUGAUGCCGCUUUCACUACCACCGGCUUCCGCAGAACGCGUGCCGCCACAGCCAAAGAGCCAACACCAGCACCAGCAGCAACACCAGCAGCAGAAACGACCACACGCACGCGCAAGAGCAAGAAGCGCGUCGAACCAGAAGUCCUUCCAGAGGAAGACCUUGAGGACGAAACCAACGACGGCGAUCCAAAUGGUAUAGAUUCCGGAGCCAGAGGAGAUGGCAUGCGUCCUGACACGCGCUUAGAUACAAGUCUUUCCUAUGACAAAGUCCCAGAACCGCAGAAGCGCGCCACCGCUCCGAAGGAGCCAUCACCUUCCCUAGUACCAUCAGUCGAGCCCGCACGUCAAUCGCCUGUUGAGCAAGUCGAAGCGCUACCGGAGGAUGUCGAGCCUUGGCGCAUCACAGUCCUCUUCUGGACAUUCUGGAAGUACGCGGUCCCCAGCGCGCAGAUAUUUUUUGUGCUUUUGCUAGGCUUCGUCAUCAUGAGCGGGCUACUCGGCGGUCUGGGUCUCUUCGCCAGCUUGUUACCCCUACCGGCAAUGUACGCGCUUAAGCGCGAUGUUUUCUUCUACCGCGUGGGGACUUUGCUCUAUGGGCACGGCACGCCUGCGGAGGCAUUAUGGUACAAUGUGAAGAACGCGGAAUUGACCAUGUCGGAAAUUCAAAUGAUCAACAUCACGAACGUCACGCUGCCUCAAAACCAGUAUUUGAUCAAUCAGAAUGUUUACGCCCGUCUCACUAACGACGAAUGGGCUGCUCGCCUGCUGAAGGAGACUGUUGACACGCACGGCGAAACUUUGCGGGAGUUGAAGCGCAUCCUACCUCCUCUGACGGCCAUGAUCACUGAGGACGGCCAAUGGAAGUUCACCAAUGAUUUCCUACAAGCAUAUGGUGAGAAAAUGCUCAGCAGUGACGCUGCACCUCUUUGGGACAAAUUUAUGGAGAUCAACGAGGAGCGCCUGAUCCAAGCCCACCGAGGCAUCCUCCAAACGGAGGUCAACGGCGUGAUCGAGAACAUGCAAAUCGUCACACAUGAUCAGAUGCAGCAGGCCAUCGUUGAGAACAACGACUACAUGAUGGCCAACUUCAACGAGACCGUCGCGAGCUUCCGCACACACUUGGUCAAGGAGUUCAGAGGUAUCGCCAUUGAGGUCGCCGACGACGCCAUCAAGCAGUCACCUCUUGCAAGGCUCCAAAACGGCGCCGUUGCUUACGCCACGAUUAUUCAAAAUGCGCAAAAGCGUAUGAGGGAGGUCAACUACCUGUCCAUUGGCCUGGGUGCUAUGGUCGUGCCGUUGUACACAUCGCCCACCUACAAGAAUCCAGUCUUGGCUCAAGGCUGGGUCGACUGGGUCCUGUACCGCACAGGCCUCAAAACUUGGCCGCUUCUGCCUUUCGUCCCGGCUCUACCACCUACUUCUGCUUUGCGUGACUGGAAGGAAGGCGCUGAGUGCUGGUGCGCUGCUCCAUCUGGCGACGAAAUGGCCCUGGGUCAGAUCGCAAUCCAGUACCCGCACAAGAUCUACCCUGGCGAGUUUGCUUUGGAACACAUCCCGGCCAGCGGAACUCGCGACAUUGCUGCUGCACCCAAGAAGUACGAGGUAUGGGCACAAGUCGACAACUCCACGGAAGCCCUUCGCGUGAAGGCUUUACUUGAUCAGGACUUUGACCUUCACUUUGACUGGGAGUGCGGUCCACCACCGAAGCAUAACCCAUCGCGCUGGGUGUGUAUCGUCGCCGAUGAGUACGACAUCCACUCAUCCAACUACAUUAGGAGUUACGACCUGCGCGUUGGGGCUGAGCGUAUUGGUCUGACGACCCAAAUGAUCGCCGUCAGGGUCGUGGAGAACUGGGGCUCUCCAGACCACACCUGCAUUUAUCGCGUGCGCAUGACUGGAAAGGAGGUUGAGGCUUGA